AUGGCGAGAGCCACCGCUCUAGAAUCGUAUAACGAGAGCCAUCGCCCUUUAAUCGUUAGGCGAGAACCACCACCCUUGAACCGUAGGACGAGAGCAAUCGCCCUAGGACUGUAUGGCCAGAACCGCUUGCUACAUGACCAUGAACCACGUCCGUAUCUUAUGCUGGACCAAAACCUGACGCUUUAUCUAUCCCAGUCAGAAACCAUUAUUUUGUCGUCUACAUUCAUCUCCAACCCUGCGCCAUCUUUCACCUGGACCUUCCAAUCAUCAAAAUCUACUUCUGUUACGGAUCUUGUAAAUGGAACGUAUGGCGUUAUUAUACAAAAUACGUUUGAGGGGAGGAAUCUAACCGCGUUUUCAGUUUUGACCCGGACCACUGUACAAGAGAGCUGGUUUGGAUUAUAUAGCGUAACAGCAACAAACAAUCAAGGAAGUGCCAUGCUUAGCUUCACAGUUCGUGAAAAAUUGAUCCCAGGAAUCCCAAACACUCUGUUAAUUGGCUGCAUGAAGCCUAGUUCUGUUGAAGUCUCAUGGAGUGACGGAGGGGACUCUCAGUAUUACCAUGUUAUGUUCAGCACAGACAGGUUUCUUAAAUCACAAGAGAUUUAUCCAGUAACGAUUGCAAACAACACAGACGGAAGUGAUGUGUAUAGUCAAGAUAUAGACAAUCUGGAUGGAGGUCAUGUCUAUUUCUUUAAAGUUAUAGCGUACAAUCAGUACGGAAACACAACAUCAGCGGAUGCUGUUGGCUGCACUGUUCAGGAACCAUGUUCCUGUGGAAAUGACAGUAUGUAUGUCACUGGAGUUGUACUGACAGUUAUUGGUAUACUCACACUUUUGAUCACAGUUGGAAUCGGGAUGUUUUAUAAACGAAAUGGAAGACUCUGUCAUAGCCCAAGUCAGGUUCCAAAACAGAUGGAAGAUAUGCAACUUUCAGAUCGAGGCCUCAGACUUCAAAGCGAAAUUGAAAGAUAUCCAUAUCAACAACUUGAUAUCAAUCAGGUUGCCAAGGCGUCCGUGUAUUCUGAAAUCGGAGGAAACCAUCAUCUUAAUCAAAUUGAUCCCGACAAUGAUGGAGAUGGUGGAAAGUACGAGACAUUGGAGGGGCGUUCAGAUCCGAACGUUUAUGACGAACCUCAUAGUAAAACGUCCGGUAUGUGUUUGUUAAAAUAA